UUUUUUUUUUUUUUCUCAUCAUGGCGGCUGACAAUAUCACCACUGUUUUGGCGUGAAUUACAGCAGCUCUUGGGUGUAUCUGUGCUGUUAUUGGAGUGAAUGCUGAACAAUGCCGAAAUAUUACGAGGAUAAGGAGGAGGACAGCAGAGCCUGCGCUGGCAUCAGAGAGGACUUCAAGGCUUGUCUCCUCCAGCAUGACUGCGUCGUGAAGGAGGGAAAGAUGCCCAGUGAGUGUCUGAAGGAAGGUCACUGCAAAGCCCUGCAGACGUCAUUCUUUGAGUGCAAGAGGUCCAUGCUGGACGCAAGGUCAAGGUUCAGAGGGAAGAAAGGAUACUGAUGGGGCUGCGCUGCUGAGCUGAGACCAGAUUGAACAGCUGAAUGUACUUGUAGUGACUGAAAUCGAUGCUGCAGCAUGUGUGACAGCACAUCUUCAGCAUCGUCAGCAUCUCAUCUGGAUCGCAGGUGGCGAAUGUGAAAGACCCCACAGGAGAGGAAUACACGUUGAUCUUUAAAAUGUGAGGCUGGGAAAAGACGAGAGCUCUGAUUGGUUGGAGCAUUUAGGAAGUUUUUUUUUUCUCUUGUCUUCUAAGAAUAUUUUAUUAUCUUGGGUGAGUGUGUGAUGUUGAAUGAAAACCAUCAGCUUAAAUAAAUGAUGACCAAAGUCAAAA